AUGUCCAAACAAGAUGCGGGAACAGAGCCAAACCAGGAUUCGCAAGAGACUGCGCUACCGGGCAGCAAUUCUCUGAAUGUGGCGCCUUCGCGACCGUCCAUUUCCUCCUCGCGCAGGCUUUCGGGUUCCGGACGAAGGUCGUCUCAACAGCACCAUGUUCGAUUCUCUUCCGAUCUGGAGCGUCCCUCAGUGGAAGAGUCUCGACUGCCUCCCCCCAAUCAGCGACACUCCAGGGGCCUAUCAAUCAAUACCAACAUUGCACAGCAGGCUUCUUCGACUGAUAGGUCUCCAGAACGAAGUGCCAUCUCUCCCCUGUCUCCACGCGGUGCUCUCUCGCCUACGUCCCCGCAAAGCCCGGACUCUGGUCGCUCUCGAUCUCGAAACCGCGGUUAUUCACUCCGACGGUCAAUCUUUGCGAAGAACAUCCAGUCCCAGUCGGACGCGACAUCGCCGGGAGCCAUUGAAUUGGACCAGGUUGUGACCCCGCAAGCUGAAGGUCCUCAACCUGGAAGCCCCCAGCAAGGGAACGCCCAACAGGGAGAUACGGCGAAAAAUCUGCGCGCUUCGAUUGAAACGGAGAAGAGCCAUGUUAUCGUCACGCAGACAUCGACACCGGAGUCCAACUCGGUAGAUGGUACGUCGACGACAUACGUCUCUGAGCGAUCCGAAGGCUUGAAGGAAGGUAGACACCUUUCUAUGUCUUUAUCACAUAAGCGGUGGCUGAAGAGAAGAGCCACCGUUGCGACAAUCGCUGCCCGCUUCGAGACGAUACUUGAGGCUAUUCGCAAGACCAUCCUCCGAAUCAAAGAAAUCCCGCCCAGCAAAGAUGGCCGCCAUAUCGAUCUCGACCCUACUCGAAUGGAGACCUUGAUCGACGAGAGGACUGGCAAACCGUACGUGGGAAACUGGAUUCGGUCUAGUCGAUACAGCUUUUGGAGCUUUUUCCCGCGGCAACUGUGGGCGCAGUUUACCAAGCUGGCCAAUUUCUAUUUCCUCGUCGUGGCAAUUUUGCAGAUGAUUCCCGGUUUGAGUACUACUGGUACAUUUACAACGUUAAUCCCUCUGUUGAUCUUCGUUGGUAUUUCCAUGGGCAAAGAAGGGUUUGACGACUGGCGCCGGUACCGUUUAGAUAAGGAAGAAAAUAACCGCUAUGCCACUGUGCUCCGCCCGGGUAUUGGGCUCAUGUCUCAAUCUGCUGCGACUGACUGCAUGUCGGUGUCGAGCGACAGUCAGAAUUGGGAGCUCGUGAAAUGGAAAGACAUUAAGGUGGGAGACGUGAUCAAGCUGGAGCGUGACGAGCCGGUGCCCGCCGAUAUGGUCUUGCUUCAUGCAGAUGGACCCAAUGGCGUGGCCUAUAUCGAGACCAUGGCCCUGGAUGGGGAGACUAAUCUCAAAAACAAGCAACCCUGCCAACCCGUGGCUAAGCUAUGUGGCUCAGUUGAGGGCAUCUGCAGCAGUGCCAUUCGCUUUGCUGUGGAAGACCCCAAUAUCGACCUGUACAAAUUCGACGGCAAUGCAACGAUUGCUGCGAGUGAGAAGCUGCCGUUGACCAACAAUGAAAUUGUCUAUCGUGGAAGCAUUCUCCGUAACACCGAGCAGGCCAUUGGUAUGAUUAUCUACACCGGUGAAGAGUGUAAAAUCCGGAUGAACGCGAACAAGAACCCCCGGAUCAAGUCCCCCUCGCUCCAAGCCAAGGUUAAUCGCGUGGUGGUGCUCAUUGUGCUUCUCGUGGUGAUCUUAGCGAUAGCUUGCACUGUUGCAUAUAAAUACUGGUCCGACGAUGUUGAGAGCAAUGCAUGGUACCUUGCGGAGGCCAACGUGGACUACGGUCCUAUCUUUACUUCGUUCCUAAUCAUGUUCAAUACCAUGAUUCCUAUCUCCCUUUACGUUAGUAUGGAAAUCGUCAAGGUUGCUCAGAUGCUUCUGCUCAACUCUGAUAUCGAUAUGUAUGACCCGGAAACGGACACACCCAUCGAGGCACGGACAUCUACGAUCAAUGAAGAGCUGGGACAAGUCAGCUAUAUCUUUUCCGACAAGACUGGCACUCUCACGAACAACUCGAUGCGUUUCCGGAAGAUGAGUGUUGCGGGAACCACGUGGUAUCAUGACUUCGAUCUUCGUGAGGAAGCUGCCAAGGAAGGAGACCGGGAAAAACUUAUCCACAAGAAACGGAGAGUUAAAGGGAAGAAGGCUAUGGCUCGCAAGUCAAAUGCCUCGGAAGCGCGAUCAUUUCUCGCCAGAGCUGGCUCGACUUCAGUCCCAGGAGGAACACAAAAAGCCGGCAACUCGGUGACGAACAAUCGCACAACCGAUAUGGUCAGGUAUAUCCAGCGCAAGCCUUAUACCUUUUUUGCCCGCAAAGCCAAGAUGUUUAUCUUGUCUAUAGCCUUGUGCCACACGUGCAUCCCGGAAACUGAUGAGCAGGGAUACGCUACCUUCCAAGCAGCAUCGCCUGAUGAACUGGCUUUGGUCAUGGCCGCUCAAGAACUGGGAUAUCUCGUUUGGGACCGGCAGCCGAACACUGUGACAAUCCGCACUUAUCCAAAUGGGUCCGAUGAGGGUGCUUGCGACGAGGUCUACGAAGUCAUGGAUGUGAUUGAGUUCUCCAGUGUCCGCAAACGCAUGUCCAUCGUGGUGCGGAUGCCCGACCAGCGUAUCUGUCUGCUCUGUAAGGGCGCUGAUACCGUCCUAAUGCAGCUACUCAGACGGGCGUCUCUUGCACAAGAGAAAGUAGCUGAGAUCGAAAGGCGCGCGAGCAAACGCAAAGCUGCUGAAGCAGAUCAGGUCAUCCGACGCAACAGUGAGUAUCAGAGCCGGAAGGAGAGCGGAGUUCGAGCGAGUUUCAGUCGGCCAAGCAUGACGCAUAGACGUUCGAGUAUCUCUGGACACUAUAUCUCUACCGUAAGAGACAGUCUCGAUGUGUGGCUUCGUGACCGGGAGACGGAUGGUGGUAUUCUCACAAGGGAGAACAAUGAUGCCGCAUAUUACAGCCCGCGGCCCUCUGCUCAGUUGGGACGACAGUCCACCACUUUCUCGGAUUCGGGAAGCUCAGUAAAUGAAGAUGACGAGGAGGAGUUGGUGGAAGAGGCUCUGGUGGUCAAUGAAUCCGCUGUCUUCGAGAGGUGUUUCCAGCAUCUCAACGACUUUGCAACUGAAGGAUUGCGUACGCUCCUGUAUGGUCAUCGUUUCCUUGACGAAGCUACGUACAGUACCUGGAAGGCUGCCUAUCAUGAGGCCUGCACCAGUCUAGUUAAUCGACAGGAGAAGAUCGAAGAGGUCGGUCAGCAAAUUGAAGCAGAGCUCGAGCUGACCGGCGCCACGGCCAUUGAGGAUAAAUUACAGAAAGGCGUUCCUGAGGCCAUCGACAAGCUAAGACGGGCCAAUAUUAGGUUAUGGAUGCUGACGGGUGACAAAAGAGAGACCGCCAUCAAUGUCGGCCAUUCGUGUCGUCUGGUGAAGGAUUAUUCGACCCUCGUCAUUCUAGACCACGAGACUGGUGAGGUUGAACGGUCGAUCAUGAGCCUGAUGGCGGAUAUCAGCAAGCGCAGUGUGGCCCAUUCAGUGGUGGUAGUUGACGGGCAGACGCUGGCAUUGAUCGAAGCCGACGAGACCUUGCGCGUCCAAUUCUUUACUCUGGCGAUUAUGGUUGAUUCGGUCAUCUGCUGCCGUGCCAGCCCCAAACAAAAAGCUUUCCUUGUCAAGUCGAUCCGACAACAGGUGAAGGAUUCGGUUACGCUUGCGAUUGGCGAUGGUGCGAACGACAUUGCCAUGAUCCAGGAAGCGCAUGUUGGCAUCGGUAUCACCGGGAAGGAAGGGUUGCAGGCGGCGCGAAUUUCUGACUACUCAAUUGCCCAGUUCCGGUUCCUACUGAAACUGCUACUCGUCCACGGGAGAUGGAAUUAUAUUCGGGCAUGCAAGUACACGUUGGGCACAUUCUGGAAGGAAAUGUUGUUCUACCUGACGCAGGCCCUGUACCAGCGCUGGAACGGCUAUACAGGGACCAGUUUGUAUGAACAGUGGAGCUUGAGUAUGUUCAACACUCUCUUCACAUCCCUAGCUGUGAUUUUCCUCGGUAUUUUCACCAAAGAUCUGUCCGCGUCGACACUACUUGCCGUUCCUGAGCUGUAUACCAAGGGCCAGCAACAUGGCGGGUUCAACAUCCGGUUGUAUCUGGGCUGGACGUUUAUGGCUACCUGCGAGGCCAUGGCUGUUUAUUUCAUCAUGUUCGGGCUUUUCGGAAACGUGCUGUUCACCCAUACCGGCAGUGAUAUCUUUUCCGCUGGGAUGCUCACUUAUUCAGCGUGCGUCAUCAUCAUCAACGCCAAGCUACAGGCACUGGAGGUGCACAACAAAACGUAUCUCUCGCUCGUAGUAAUCGUCAUCUCCGUGGGGGGCUGGUUUUGCUGGAACCUGAUCCUAUCUCGCCAGUACAACAUGAAAUCCGGUGACAGUAUCUAUCACGUACCCGGCAACUUCAUCUUCCAGUCCGGCCGCGACCUAGCUUUCUGGGCUGUGUUGCUCCUCACUGUCGUUUCUGUCGUGGUAUUCGAGAUGACCGUCAGCGCUGUCCGAGCCCUGUUUUUCCCUACAGACGUGGACGUCUUCCAGGAAUACGAGCAGGACUUAGAAAUUCGGAAGCGAUUCGAAGAGGCGGCUGCUUCGGAGCUGCAGCAAGGCUGGGAUCAUGGUAAGAAGAAGUCCAGCUUCGAGCUAGCUCGCGAGGCCGCCGAGAUGGAGGCCCGCGAGCAGCAGGUGCAGGAACUUCUUGCCCGGCCAAGAGUCAUGACCAAGACAGUAUCUGGUCAAGUGCAUAUGGAGGAGGUCAGCGACCUAGAGGGACCCGUCCACCAGGAUGUGGGCGGCUCGGGGGUGGUUGGAGACGAGGUGAUGAAUGCGCCACGAAGAUCAGUUGAGAUUCACGAGCUAUUUACGAAGGGAUUCGGGUCCAUCCGCAAGGGGCAUCUGAAGUGA